AUGUCCGGUCAUCAUACCGGCCGCGCCCACACCGCAGCCUCUGCGGCGAACCCAAACAGUUCGACUGCCCAGGACACAAAUCAGGUCGCCGUAUGGUUCCAGAAGUUUGCACCCUUCGUAUACGACACAAGUGCCAGCACCAGAAGUAACUUUGAUCGUCUCACCUCACAGCGCAACUGGGGUGAUAAGCUUCGAAGGAAGCAGUGGACCAGUUUGCAGGCGGUCUCAGCGGCGCCAAACCAUACUGACGCGGACGUUAAUGCUCAUACCGAUACCCCAAACCAGGGCGGCGCAUGGUUCCAGCAAUUCGAAAAUUUCGUACACGAUCCAACGGUCGGAAUCAGAAGCAAUUUCGAGCGUCUAGCAGCACAACGCAGCUGGGGCAACAGACUGAAACAGAGGCGUUGGGCUGAAUGCCAGGAGGAGGAAUUCGGCUAUGCAUAUGGAACGAAUACAACAAAGCUAGAGAUCUGGCAGAGGCUAUGUCGUGAGGUGCACAUCAGCGAUCCACCAGACAGUAUAACACAGUGUAGACAGAUGGUUCGCGGAAGUCGCGCUAAGGGAGGCGUCUCCAUUGUACCUGAAGCUGGGACAACUGCUUCUCCUUCCUCGAGCGACCGUAGCACUCCUCCUCCAAGCGACGACGGUUCCUCUGAUGAAGUUCGUGACUAUUUCUCGCAAGAAAAGUUUAAUGGAUUUGUCCCAGACCCUGAGGACGAUCUCAUAGCGAAACUCAGCAAGCUUUCGAUCCACCAAGGUUGGUCCAAGAGCGAGGCGAAGCGUCGUCGCGCGGAGGUCGUUGACUUCGAGGUGUCUCGACACUACGGCCCUGACAAGUCGAAACUAGAAAAUUGGCAGAAGCUGUGUCGUGAUGUCAAGAUCGAACCUGCUCUUUCACGCGUCUAUGUCAACAUCUUCAACAUCCUGGACCAUCUAGACAAUCCCGAGCGCUACGAUGUCAUUGUCUUCAAGAACUACAAGCUCUUCCGUGCAUAUACGCUGAAGAGCCGCAUCUUCCCUCUGGAUCUGGCUAAGGAGGACGGCUUUGUCAAGGCUCUGCUUCGCCCCCUCUACAUGAAGAGGAAGUAG